GGUUGAUUAAACAUGAAAAGAAAACUACUCCAAGUUUUCUGAUGUUAUUUCAAUGGAUGCAACAUAUAGAACAAACAGGUACAAUAUGAUAUUUGUUCCUUUCACUGCUAUUAACAACCAUGAAAAGACAAUCAAUGUUGGAGCAGGAAUAAUAUCAGAUGAAACAAUUGAAUCAUACUCUUGGUUAUUAGAAGCUUUUUUGUCAUCACAAAAGAAGAAACCAAAAAUGAUUUUGACAGAUAUGGAUCCAUCAUUAAAUUCUUCCAUAUCAGAGGAUGCUUCUUCAUUUUAUGAGAAAUGCAUUGAUCCAGUUAUUCAUGACAAGGAAAAAUUACAAGAAUUGGUGAAUUCUCUUCAAGAAUUAAGUGUAAAUUGUGGAAAGGAUGUUGCUUCUAAAUCAAGUUCAAAUCCAAUAAAGGAAGUUGUUGAAAAUAUCAUUGGAGCUCAAAUUUCAAUUGAUGUGAAAAUCAAAGUACUUAGUGGGAUAAAAACAAAAGGAAGUGGAAAGAGGAAUCAAAUCAAAAGUGUUGCGGAAAAAGCAAUAGCUAAGUCUCUUAAACCAAAACGUAUAUGCAACGGAUGCAAGCAAUUAGUCAACCAUGAUCAAAGAAACUGCCCAAUAAAUCCUUCAAAAGUGCUUAAGCCUUUCAAAAAACAAUAA